CUCAGGUGACUCUGACACGUUCCCACACACACCGAAGACACCGAUACUCAGGUGUUCACGUUGAUGGAACAGAUUAAAGCGACAAACUGAGAUCAACCGCUGAGGUCGGCGACGUGAGCAAAACUUUGAUGGAGCGGUACGAGUCUCUGGGUCCCGUCGGGGAGGGCAGUUACGGUACCGUGCUCAAGUGCCGUCAUCGACACUCCGGUCGCUUGGUCGCCAUCAAGAAAUUCCUGGACUCGGAAGAUGAUGAGGCAGUGAAGAAGAUCGCCCUCAGGGAAAUCAAGCUGCUCAGGCAACUGCGUCACGACAAUCUGGUGAACCUCCUGGAGGUGUGGAAGCGCCGUCGUCGCUGGUACCUGGUGUUUGAGUUCGUGGACCGGACGCUUCUAGAUGAACUGCAGCAGUGCUCAAGCAGAUUGGACCUUAACACCUGUCGGCAGUACUUAUUCCAGGUCCUUAGAGCUGUCAACUUUUGUCAUCAGCAAGAUGUCAUCCAUCGUGACAUCAAACCUGAGAACAUCCUCAUCUCUCAAGAGGGUGUGGUCAAACUGUGUGAUUUUGGCUUUGCCCGAACCAUUGCAUCGCCCUCUGAAGGUGGUGUGUAUACCGACUACGUAGCCACUCGUUGGUACAGAGCUCCCGAACUGCUUGUAGGGGACAUCAAGUAUGGAAAACCGGUAGAUGUUUGGGCGCUGGGUUGUGUGUUAAUAGAAAUGCUGACCGCACAACCUCUGUUUCCCGGAGACUCCGACCUUGACCAGAUAUACCACAUUGUCAGAUGUUUUGGUAACUUGACGGCUCAUCACCAGGAGUUAUUUUACAGAAAUCCAGUCUUUUCUGGAGUUAAACUACCUGAAUGUUCAAAAAUUGUCCCACUGCAACAACGCUUCUCCAAAGUUCCACCAACUGCCCUUGAUCUGGCACAGAAAUGUCUAGAGAUGGACCCAAAAAUACGAGCUCAGUGUUCAGACCUGUUAGAGCAUCUUCUGUUUACUCAAGACUCUUUCAACAUCAGAUUUUUAGAUGAGCUGAACACUAAAAUUCAAAAAGACCACAGAGAAAACUCUACACUUCCCAAAAUACCCACGACACUGCCAGAAAAAGAUAAAGGGGAUGAUAAAAACUGCAAAAACAAAGACAAGAAACAAUCGGAACAAACUGAAGAGAAAGUUAACAAGGAUAAGACAGAGAAAACAAAGGGAAAGCAACCGUCCAAGCUGUCUAAAACUAUUCAUACCACCAAUGAAUCUUUUGUGACCAAACAACCGAAAACAUUUGGUAACAAGGACAUCUAUCACACAGAGCAGUUUUCAAUGAAACCAGAGAAAACACCUGGUUCAGAGUUAAAGGAGUUUGAGAUUUUAAAGUCAACUAAAAGCUGUCUCUCUGACUCAUCAGAUGUCACCAAGAAAGCUGUAAGCUUAAAGAAGAAAACUUCAGUAGCAACAAAACCUGAUGUGUCUCUAGACUUAAGUAAAGACUACCUUCAGAAGGCCAAAGUCACAGACUACAGUGACCUGGACAAAGAGAAAACCAUGAAGCUCCUUGGGGAAUCAUCUAAAUCUGAGACAAACGAAGAGUUUGUGAGGAACUCAAGCAACCCCAGCUUAAAAGUUUGUAAAUUAUCUAAAAUGUCCGUCAGUGAUGGUCGAAGUUUAAAUUUAUCCCCAAAAACCGUUUUGGAAUCGGACACAAGUGUAACACCUACAUAUCCUCUACCAUCCUUCAAUGACUUUACUACCCCAACAACGGUCGAUGUCACAAAGUCGGGAAAGACAAGUUUGACAUCAAAGUUUCAGAUUGAGUUAUUAGAAACUAAUGCAAAGCACGACUUCCCUGAAUGUCCAAAAGCCAAACAAAAAAGCUUCAGGAAAUCCCAAACUACCUCAACUAGUGGCCAACACACUCAUAACACCUCAUUCAGUCCUUCAAGGGCUGCUGCAGAUCUUUCCAAACAGUCAUUUACACCUGUUACGGAAACCAGUGCUGCCCACAACCUGUCCACCCUACCUCGGGGAAUCUCACUUUCAAAAACAAAGACUCUUUCAAAAGACAAGGAACCCACUGAUGACCAGGAUGUUAGGAAGUAUCACAGAUUCUUGAAGCUGAAUCCAAUGGCAGAAACUCCAACUAAACCUAUUUGGUUGGCCCAAGAUUCAGAUGGAGAACCUGAUUCAUCAGAGCAUUAUUUUUCUAAUUGGCAAAACAACAUGAUUGCAGCAGAAGAAAAAGUUACCUCAACGCUUGUGCCAAAUGAAAACUUACCAGUGGAAAAAGCUCUGACAUUGUCAGUGCAAGAGAACCAAGAGGAUUCAGCUAUUUCUGUGUCCAUUAGUUCAACAGCUAAUGCCUUAAUGAAUAAAGCCUUAAUGCUUCCUGAAAGGUCACCUAUUGACAAAAGGAACAAUAGCAAUCAGGAGUUCAAAUUUGAUGCAAAGUCUUUGAACAUUUUUCACCUUAAUCAGAACCCAACAAUGUCUCAAUUGUUUGGUGAUCACACAAGGUUCUCGGUGAACCCCAAGAAUCAAAAAACUGCAUUUACUCCAGAUGGAGGGAAGAAAAGCAAUAAGCUAGAAGGAAACAACACAAAUAUGUCCUCUGAUUUGACUUCAGUCAUGUCUAUGGAUCACAAAGCUUUGACGAGAAGUCUUAUCCUUCACGAAAGGGACUCUACAGACACUGAUGAAUUUAAUCACAGUGUAGCCCGAUCAUGUACACCUUCUCCUCCUCCUGCACCUGUUACCAAUCUCCUUCACCUCCCUUCGUCUUCCAGAACCCUUACCCCUUCCAUCUUUGUCUCCAGUGCCAACAGGCCUGCUGCCAGCGAUCACCUUCAGGGAGGAAGUUAUCAUACCGGGACCAACAGUCUUUGGUAGUUCUCAAUGUACUUGCCUUUGAAAUUUUGACCCAGCUAAGAAUAAUUCACCGAUAUAAGCUAGAUUUGUUUGACCCUCCAACCCUUCAAAGGUCUUAAGAAAAACCUUUCGUGUUGUCCAAAAAGCUUGUGCGCAGUCUAGCAGGGUAUAUGUUACCUUUUUUGUGUAAAGUUUCGUGAACUGACGGUCUAACGGGACAUCCUCCUCCUGCUAUCCCACUGUCUGAUCAUGACAUCUGUCACGCAGUGGCCGGAGGAGCCAUUGUCUUAGUGGGAGGGUUGAAUAUGCAGUUCCUGUCUCAAGAACUCCUGAAAUGUUUGUCCAGUAGUUGAAAACAUUAAUCUGACUUGGCCGGUUGGACAAAAUCAAACUUAGAUGCCUUUUUAAAUGUCGCCUAGCUAGACUGCUAGGUCAGUCCAACUGUUUUUGUUAGACUGUAUUUAUAUAUUGAUUAUUUUGUGUUUUUGUAACUUGAUUUUUUGUGGUUUUAUCAAUGUAAAGUCAAUAUUUCUAGCCAAACUUACCCCAAAGCUAGCAUUAGCAAAGUUGAGAGAACGUUUUUUCAGAUUCAUAAAUCUCUCACAAUCCAAAGAGUCUUGUUGAACAGUUGCAUAAAUGUUAUACAUGACUUACGGCUUGCUGUUCCUCUUGCAUGUUGUAGGAAUUUAGUUAAACCAAUAUGUUAUGGUCAUGGUCGACAGGACCAACAGUUUGGACUGAACCAGGCCACAAGGUCCUUCACCUUGCAGGCCCGAGAAAAGAGUUUUGUAAGUGAAAGGUCUAAAAACAUCGUCCAUUUCCCAGAUGUAAGAAACUCCGUGUUGCUCAGUGGAAAAGAAGCUAAACAGAGCAAAGGUGCUACCAAGGAACAGAGGACAGAAAAGACUCCAGUCUCACUCAGUCCACCAUCAGAAGGACAAUAUGGACAAAACUUCAACACAAAUGCGCCAAAACAGAUGGAGUAAAAGGAGUUCCCCCUCCCAAACUGAUAUACUGAUUUUAAUUUUUUAUUUUUAUUAUUUAAUCAUGGUGAUGUAAACACUGCUGAACUAUACUUCAAAUACUGACUUUAAAUUCCUAAAAUGUUAAACUUUGAGUAUGAGAACACAUUUAUAGUUAUCAUUUCCUUUAACAACCUUUAAUUAUUGAAAACUGUUAAUGAAUUAUUUAUUUUGGUAUUUUCGUGGUAAAACACAACACAGGAAACUUUAAAACAAUGAAUGCAACUUUUUCCCCAAAUAAAUCAACAAUAAAUCAGCUGUAAAAUCAUGUUUGGGUGUGUCUUAUUGGUCACAGGUAUAAAAACGGAAACUUCUGUAAACUUUAAGAAAU